CAUUUACGUAAUGAUCGUCUGACGGGGCGGCUCGAGCGGCGCGCGCGCAGCAUUCUACGGCUUUGACUUUUGUAAUCGACGCCCUGAGACUGUAGCUAGUGGUCUCGACGCCGCGGAUAAAAAAUAAUAACAAUGUUUUUAUAAGUUUUCGUGAAUAAAAUAUCUUUGUGCGCCCAUUCCUCGACCAGUUGGGCUUAGUGAACGGUUGGUGAACUAAACAAUUUACUGAGUGAACGCAUUCAAAAUGUUGGUGAAACAGUUAACUUUGACCAAAGUGUUGUCUGUAUUAGUCUUAUUGGCUAAUUGUCAUGGACGGAUUGAAAUAGAAAAAUACCUCAAGACGUGCGACAGGAACAGCCCCGACGUCAACGACUGCUUACUGGAGGCCAUCACGGAGGGGCUGACGCUGAUGUGCGACGGGAUCCCCGACCUCGGCCUGCCCCCGAUAGACCCCUACGAGCAGGACGACAUCAAGGUGGAAUACAAGAGGAAUCAGAUUUCCGCGAAAAUGUACAUGAAGGAUAUCGUCGUAGCAGGCCUUAGACAAGCAAAGGUUCUAGAUGCAAGGCUUCGCGCAGACGAGGAGCGGUUCCACCUCGAGGUCGACAUGACGUCGCCUUCGGUGUUCGUCACCGGGCGCUACCACGGCGAGGGACGCUACAACUCGCUCCGGGUCAACGCUACCGGCGGAUUCAACACAACUAUGCGGGACCUGGUGUACACGUGGAAGCUGGACGGCAAGCCGCUGAAGCGCGACGGAGAGACGUUCGUGAAGAUCCACUCGUUCUACAUGCGCCCCGACGUGGGCGACCUGCAGGCGUACGCCUCCGACAUCUUCCCCGACAACCCGCAGCUCACGGAGCUGGCGAACCAAAUAACGAAUCAGAACUGGCGGAUAAUGUACCGCGAGCUGCUGCCGUACGCGCAGGCCAACUGGAACCUCACCGGGGUCAAGAUCGCCAACAAAAUAUUCCUCAAAGUUCCUUACGACCAGCUGUUUCCAGCCUCCUCGUAAUUUUAUUCGGUGCAGUGCAAAAGUUUAGGUUAAGGUUUUUUCAAAUAAAAUAAGUU